UCUUUAAUUCUCAUCUGCCCUUCCCUUUUUCUCUUUUUAUUUUUUUUUUCCAUUUUUUUUUCUUUUUUCUCUUUCCUUCGCGAACCCUAACACUGAGAGGAAAAAUUUCUUCGAUCAUUUCAUCCGGAUAAAAUAUUCGGUUCGAAUUCGAUCGAAAAUGCUGAAUCAGAGAUUGAAGCAGCAGCAGCACCAGGCGUUGAUGCAGCAAGCUCUCCUCCAGCAGCAAUCUCUGUAUCACCCCGGUCUCUUAGCUGCUCCGCAGAUCGAACCAAUUCCAAGUGGAAAUCUGCCUCCUGGGUUUGAUCCAAGUACAUGCCGCAGUGUGUAUGUGGGAAAUAUUCAUACACAGGUGACUGAACCACUUCUUCAAGAAGUUUUUGCUAGUACUGGUCCUGUCGAGGCUUGCAAGCUUAUCAGAAAGGAAAAGUCAUCCUAUGGAUUUAUACACUACUUUGAUCGUAGGUCAGCUUCACUUGCAAUAUUGACUCUAAAUGGGAGACAUCUGUUUGGGCAGCCUAUCAAAGUUAACUGGGCAUAUGCCAGUGGUCAGAGGGAGGACACAUCAAGCCACUACAACAUUUUUGUUGGUGAUCUAAGCCCAGAGGUUACUGAUGCAAUGCUGUAUUCCUGCUUUUCUGUUUACCCUAGUUGUUCAGAUGCAAGGGUUAUGUGGGAUCAAAAGACUGGCCGUUCAAGGGGAUUUGGAUUUGUGUCUUUCAGAAGCCAACAGGAAGCGCAGAGUGCAAUUAAUGAUUUAACUGGUAAAUGGCUUGGUAGCAGGCAGAUACGUUGCAAUUGGGCCACAAAGGGUGCUGGGACCAGUGAGGACAAACAGAGCUCAGAUUCUAAAGGUGUUGUAGAACUUACAGCCUCAGAGGAUGUUAAUGAGGCCGCAAGUAGUGAUGCUCCUGAGAAUAACCCUCAAUAUACAACUGUGUACGUCGGCAACCUUGCCCCAGAGGUAACCCAGGUUGACCUCCAUCGCCACUUCCACGCACUUGGUGCAGGAUCAAUCGAGGAAGUAAGGGUCCAACGUGAUAAGGGUUUUGGCUUUGUUCGGUAUAGUACUCAUGCUGGCGCAGCAAUGGCUAUUUCAAUGGGAAAUGGUCAGUCCUACCUCUGCGGUAAACCAAUCAAGUGUUCGUGGGGAAACAAGCCAACUCCAGCUGGAACGGGCUCAAACCCUCUCCCCCCACCCGGGCCUGCAUCCAUGCCGGGCCUCUCUGCAGCUGACCUCCUGGCCUAUGAGCGGCAACUUGCACUCGCCAAAAUGGGCGGCGUGCAUCCUCUAAUGCAUCCGCAGGGGCAGCAUCCUCUGAAGCAAGCGUCCAUGGGGAUGGGCGCCGGUGCAAGCCAGGCCAUCUACGACGGUGGCUAUCAGAACGUUGCUGCAGCCCAGCAUCACCUCAUGUACUACCAGUAAUGAUGACAGAUUUAUCGGUCUGUGAAAACCUAAAACAACGGUUUGAAGCCGUCGUUUCUGAGUGUUUUAUGUUUGUAGGGUAUCCUGUAAGAUUUAUGGUGGCCGGCCGAGACCCGAAUUCGGUCGUCCAUGUAUGUCAUAUACGACCUAUGUAACGCUUCUCUUUUUCCCUUCAUGAAUGUUGAGUGGUUUCUUUAGUCA